AUGGAAAACGCAGAGGGGGCCUGCCCCCCCUCCCUAGUGACAGAAGAACCAGCUGCAGCAACAGCAGCAGCAGCAGCAGCAGCAGCUGCUACACCUGAAGAAGGAACAAGUCAAAGUGGCAUUGAAAGUCCCACUGCGACUUUCUCAGACUCAGUUUCGUCAGGUGUACAUACACCCGAAACCCCAGGGGAGGAUGAGGGCGAGCCCACCAGCCCAGAAACAGCAGCAGCAGCUGCAGCAACGGCAGUAGAGACAGAAGCAGCAGCAGCGGAGCCGGCAGACACAACGGGAACAGCAGUAGCAGAGCAGCAGGAAGAUCCAGCAGCGGCAGCGGCAACAACCGAGGGAACAGCAGCAGCAGCCGAGACAGCAGCAGCAGCAGCAGCAGCAACAACUGUUGCUGAAUCCCCAGCGUCAAACAACGCAGCAGAAGCAGCAGCAGCAGCAGUGGAAGCUGAGUCUGAGCCGGCAGAAACUGACCCUGAAGCAGCAGCAGCAGCAGCAGCAGCAGCAGCCGGAACAGAAGCACCGGCAGCAGCAGCAGAGGAAACAGCAGCAGCAGCAGCAGCAGCAGAAGAUGUUGAUGAAGGAGAAAGUUCAACAAAAGAUCAAAAUGAAGAAACUGACGGAGAGACAAAAACAAAAACAGAAAAUGAAACAGAAGAACCUCCCGAGUGGUCAGAAGCACUGGAAGAGGCGCGAGCUGCUGCUGCUGCAGCACGAGGGGAAGCUGCUGCUGCUGAGCUCCUGGCAGCAGCAGCAGCAGCAAAGCAGCAGCAGCGGGAGGAGGAGGCUGAGCUGCCUGUGACUCCGCGCGAGUUGUCUGCAGCAGCAGCAGCAGCAGCAGAAGCAACAGCAGCAGAAGUGGAUGCCAUGAACAUUAAGAGCAAAAGAAUUCCAAUUAAAAUAUCUUUUGUCAAAAAAAAAGAAAACAUUAAAGACUCCAUCAACCUUCACCCAUUUGCUGACAGAGUUCUAGCACUCAAGGCGCCCAAGGACUCUUUGUGCGUGGAUGUGAAGCAAGAACUGGACUUUGGGGUGCAAGCUGUAGCAGCAACAGCAGACUGCAGCACUCAAGCAGCAGGAGAAGCCCCUGCAACAAAAGAGAUUCAACACGACGCAGACUCCUUCCUUAGGAAGCCUGGCGCACUGGCUGCUUCUUCUCGGAAAAGUUUUCAAACUUUCUUUUCCAAAGUCGCGAACAUGUAA